UAUUGUUUUUAAAUUUAUUUUUAACCCAAUUUUUAAGUAAUUUUAGCAAGUGGAACUAUUAGUAAUAACAUAAAUAUACGUGUGGAGCUAUAAUUACUUCAACCGUAGUCAAGUAAGAAUUUACUAUUUAAUAUAAAAAUUGAACAGUAUUAUUCAUGAUGUCGUCUGCUUCAACAGCAACAUGUGAUUGGCAAACAACAAAGAAGGUAGUCACAGCACGAGCUGGAUAUUUGCUUGAUAGGGGACUAUGGAGUGACUGUCGAUUCAUUGUGGGUAUUGAACCAAAUCAGCAGAUCAUGGAAGGACACAAAUUGUUCUUAGCUAUGGCAAGUCCUGUAUUUGAGGCAAUGUUCUUUGGGGGUAUAGCUGAGAAAGAUCCAAUUGCAAUUUUGGAUGUUCAACCUGAGGCUUUCAAAGCACUGCUUGAAUACAUUUACACUGACAAAAUUAAUUUCACUUCUUUUGAUCAAGCAUGUGAGUUAUGUUAUGGUGCAAAAAAGUAUAUGUUACCAUUGUUGGUUGAAGAAUGCACUCAUUAUUUGUGGCGUGAUUUGCAUCCUAAGAAUGCAUGUAGAGCAUAUGAAUUUGCUAAGCUUUUUGAAGAACCUAUAUUAAUGGAUAAAUGUUGCAGUAUAAUCAGAAAUCAAACCUUAGAAGUAUUAACAGAUCCCAGCUUUGAAGAAGCUGAAUUGAACACAGUUUUGACUAUUUUUGACCAGGAGUAUUUGAAUAUCAAUUCGGAAUUGGAAUUGUUUGGUGCUUUGUCUCGUUACGCUGCUAAACACAAUCAGGCCUCAGGUGCGAAAGUGUCAAGAUUAGAUGCUAAUGUACCUAACGAACCUAGGACUCCAGAUAUUCGUGAUGCUUUAAUGAAAAUUCGAUUCUUAACUUUGAGUCCGCAACAGUUCGCCGAAGGACCGGCAACAUCAGAUUUAUUGACUCAAGCUGAAAAGUUUGCAAUCUUAAUGAAGAUAUCUUCUCCAACAACCGACACGCAAAUGCCAACAGGUUUCACCAUGAUGACAACUCAAAGGAACAAUCAGAUAUGCAGUCAAGGUUCUAAUUCCUCAAACCCUUUGAGUUUAACAAAUAAUCAGUCUAUGUACGAGUCCAACAAAUUAUACUGCACCAGACAGCUGAUCAGAGUUACAGAGUGUUUGAAUGAAAGCGUUUUAGAUUGCGUCUUAACUUUCACUUGUGAUAAAAAUGUUUGCGUUUUGGGAAUACAGGUCCCAUCACAAAUAAUGUUGGAUAUGGACGAUACUCCACAUAUUAAUACAUAUACAGAGUUACUGUAUGCGCAUUUGCUUGAUGCUGAUGGAAGCCGUUUAACUUACACACAUUACACAAGUCGAGUGCUAUACAGGUCUCUAUUUGAUAUAUCGUUUAACCGAGCUGUAUAUAUACAGAAAAACAAGAUUUAUAAGGUGGGAGUGGUGUUGAACAAGAUGGGAUGGUAUCCGAUUGGCGUAUAUCAGCCAUGUACCAACAUAAAUGGAGUAUCUUUCAUGUUUGGGACGGGCGAUUGCGGUGAAUCGAGUCGCGACGGCUUGAUUCGCUCAAUAAUAUUCUCCACGCCCUCCGCUAUGCAGCAAGCAAUCAAAAUCCCCCCGGCCCAGUAGCAAUAUUACGAAUCUCAUUUUAUGUACGACUCAUAAAUGUAUUUUAGUUAUGUAUGGGCACAAGUUCUUAACCAUCACAUUUCUGUUAAUAAUUAUUAGAUGUGUAUAUACUUAUCAUAUUUAUUAAGGAUGUCUUUAUUAUAGCG